GAUCUAAAGAAAGAGGAGAGCGUGGCUUUGCGGGAAGGAGGGAUGGGAACUCCCCAGGGAGCACAGACACUAGGAGUCCCGGCGGCGCAAGAGGACGGGGAGAACAGGCCUCGGAGACAGCGGACCCAGCUCCGCUACGACAGUCUGCGUGGAGCCCGCUUGCCUCCUGCCUCUCGAGACGCUUCCCGUCCCCUCCACUCCCCCGCCCCAGCCUUUCGUACGACCCGUCGCGGAAAAUGGUCGCACUCCCUCGUCGCUUCAUCUAACCUCAGAGGGAGCCACGUCAGAACCAGCGUCCCUGAAAGGGUCAGGGUUCAUAACAGGCAACAGUUCACCAGCUUCAGACGCCAGCUGAGCUACCAUGGGCUUCCUUAGUUAGUCUACAGAAGACCCAGUCUGAGACCUCAGAAGGAGAUCUCCAUCCUUGGUCUGAGCAGGACCGAUAGCCAUGUCCCCGGAAACAUUGACCUUCAGGGAUGUGUUUGUAGACUUCACGCAGGAGGAGUGGCAGCAGCUGGACGCUGCUCAGAAGAACCUCCACAGGGAUGUCAUGUUGGAGAACUAUAGCCACCUGGUCUCUGUUGGAUACCUUGUGGCCCAGCCACAUGGGAUCUUCAGGUUGGGACAAGGAGAAGAGGAGGCCAGGAUGGCAGCUGGAGAAAGCGUGAUGUGGAGCUGUCCAGGUAAGCCCACGCCAGAAUUCUGGAAAGUUAAUGACCAGAUAGAUAACCACAAGGAAAGCCAAGACAAACCUCUAUGACAAGCUGCAUCCAUAAAUAAGGAAACACUGAAGGAUAAAAGUGGCCAAGAAUUCAGAACAUAUGGAGAAAUCAUUUAUCCAAGCACAGGCUUUGUUUCUAUAGGACAAAGACUCACUAAAUAUUAUUCAUGGGGAAAGUGUUCAAAACAUAAUUUCAAUUUUCUUAGUCAAAGUAGAAGCUAUGUAAGAAAGAAAGGUGAUGAAUGUAAGGCAUAUUGGAAAUUAUGCUUCUAUUCUAAUCUUGAUAAAGCUCAAUCUGGAGAGAAAUUCUUUGAGCCUAAUGAACAUGGAAAAGCCCUCCACUGUAAGCAAGCUCUUAAUAAAAGUCCAAGAAUUCAAAAUGGGGAGAAACUCUAUCAAUGUUCUGAAUGUGGAAAAGUGUUUAUCCAGAAAGCAAACCUUGUUGUACAUCAGAGAAUUCACACUGGAGAGAAACCUUAUGAAUGCUGUGACUGUGCAAAAACCUUCAGCCAGAAGUCAACCCUAAUUGCACACCAGAGAACUCAUACAGGGGGAAAGCCGUACGAAUGCAGUGAAUGUGGGAAAACAUUUAUCCAGAAGUCAACUCUGACUAAAUAGCGAACUCAUACAGGAGAGAAACCGUUUGUAUGUGGUGAAUGUGCAAAAGCUUUUAAGAGUUCAUGUCGCCUUAUUAGACAUGAAAAAACACACAUUAGACAAGCAUUUUAUGAAGCUAUCAAAUGUGAUAAGUCCAGCCUUAUAUAUCAAAGGACUCAUAUCGGUGAAAAACUUGAAUGCAAUAAACAUGGGAAAGCCUUUGAUGAGACACCUAUACCCAUUAAACAUCAGCUAACUCAUAUGAAAGAGACACUUUAUAAGUGUAGUAAAUGUGGAAAAGGCUUCAGGGGAAAGUCACAUCUUUCUGUUCAUCAGAGAGUUCAUACACGAGAAAAAUCCUAUGAAUGCAGCAUAUGUGGGAAGACUUUCAGUGGAAAAUCACACCUCUCUGUCCAUCAUAGAACUCACACAGGAGAGAAACCUUAUGAAUGCAGGUGUUGGAAAGCAUUUGGUGAGAAGUCAACCCUUAUUGUACAUCAGAGAACUCAUACAGGAGAAAAACCCUAUAAAUGCAAUGAAUGUGGGAAAGCUUUCAGUGAAAAGUCACCACUGAUUAAACAUCAGAGAAUUCAUACAAGAGAGAGACCCUAUGAGUGCAGUGAAUGUAGGAAAGCAUUCAGUAUGAAGUCAACUCUCAUUAAACAUCAGAGAAUUCAUACAGGAGAAAAACCUUAUGAAUGCAGUGAAUGUGGGAAAGCUUUCUGUGUGAAAUCAACUCUCAUUGUACAUCACAGAAUGCAUACAAGAGAGAAACCUUAUGAAUGCAGAGAAUGUGAUAAAGCCUUCAGUGGGAAGUCAACUCUCAUUAAACAUCAGAAAAGUCACACAGGAGAUAAAACCUAUUAAUAUACUUACUAAUAACCUAUAAUAUGAUAUAAUAACCUAUCAUAACCUAUUACUAUAUUAAUAUAGAGAUGAUUUCACUAGUUAUACCUCUGCUGCUGCUGCUAAGUCGCUUCAGUCGUGUCUGACUCU